AAUAUUAUAACUAUUUUACUGCAUUAAUUUUUAUUAUGAAAAAGAAUCGAUAUUGCCUUCGCCGAUUUUCCUUGUUUUGUCAUUUGAUGUAGCUCAGAGUAGGGCAAAGUAAUUAAAUUCCACGUUGUUAUUAGUGUUACACUUACCAGAUAAAAUGCCUUGUCCCUUGUUAGCAGAUUCUAUCACUCUAGAAUUGGAAGCACAAGAGCCAUGGCCUCAGCCAAUUACUUUGUAUCAACCAUAUGAAGUUGAACAAAUAUUAUUACCUGACAAUGCAAAUUGUUUAGCCGUACAAGCUUUCCUUAAAAUGUGUGGCCUUGAUUUUCAAAUAGAACCAAGAAGCAAUGCAGAAUAUAUGUCCCCAUCUGGCCGCGUACCAUUUAUUAAAUGUGGGGCAUUUUUAAUAUCUGAAUUUGACAAUAUCGUAUCAUUCAUAGGAAAUAAAGGCAGAAGUUUAUCAGACCAUUUAUCUGCAACUUGCAAAGCAGACAUGAGGGCUUAUAUGUCAUUAGUGAAUAAUGUUUUUGUAAAUGCUGAGCUAUAUAUCUGUUGGGUUGAUGAAUCAACUUUGAAUGAAGUAACUAAAGUAAGACAUGGAAGUGUAUAUCCAUGGCCAUUAAAUCACUUUUUAAAUUGGCAAAAAAGAAAGGAAGUGAUAAAGAAACUCAAUGUACUUGGCUGGUAUAAUAAAACUAUAGAAGAAGUAUGUAAGGAGGUUCAAAAUUGCUGUACAGCAUUGUCUGAAAGAUUGGAGGGUAGUGAUUAUUUUUCUGGAGAGAAGACACCUAAUGAAUUGGAUGCCCUAGUCUUUGGACAUAUUUUUACAAUAGUCACAACACCGCUACCUGGUAACAAACUUGCAAAUAUUGUCCAGAGCUAUCCACUGCUAGUGCAUCUCUGCAAACGCAUUGAAACUAGCAUUUUUUCUCCUCAAGCGAUACGGGUGAAAUAAAGUAACAAAAUGUUGGAGGCGAGAAUUAAGUAAUACAACUUUGGAGAUUUCUAAAUAUAUGUUCUUGGAAAA